AUGAGUUGGGAGCCAGCUUUAAUUGUAGAUAAGCAAGGGAAAGAUCCUCAGCACCACAGCAUGCCUAUUGAGGCGCCAGAAGGGGUAAACCCGUCGCAGGAUGCGGGGACAUACGAGAAAACCGUGGCAAAGAGUCUUGUCAUUAUCGAUGCUUGCAGUCGUGGUGACAUUGAUGAUCUCAAGAAGCUCGCUGUCAGUGAAGGGGGUUUCCUCUCUGAUGCGCUCCGAAGCCGAGCUUGGCCUGUCCUGCUUGGGGUUGCACCUCGAAAUGCGAACAGUUCAGACAGCAACGACGCUGUCCCAACCUCCCGGUCAGCGGCAGAGAAACAGCAGAGUCUUAGUCUUGAAACCCCGGGUAUACUCGAUGGUGAAUGGGCAGACCUCCCACGGCAUCAAGACGAGGACCAGGUUCGUCUAGAUGUCGAUCGAAGCUUUAUUUAUUACCCGAAUAACCAAAGUCAAAGUCAAUUAGAUACGAAAAAGAGGGAGCUGUCAGACCUCAUCACCGAAACUCUGAGGCGGCACCCCUACCUUUGCUAUUUUCAGGGCUAUCAUGACAUCUGCCAGGUCUUCUUACUCGUGCUUCCGCCGGAGCUCCGGGCAGGAGCGGUCGCGCAUCUGUCAGCUCUUCGGAUAAGAGACUUUAUGCUGCCCAAUUUGACCCCAGCCAUCGCGCAACUCCGCCUCAUCCCGGAUAUUCUCUACGCGGUGGACCCAGCCCUAUGCCGGCACCUGUCACAGACAGAGCCCUUUUUCGCCCUGUCGGGCACCCUGACCAUGUACGCGCACGACAUCCAGUCCUACAGCUCGAUCGCGCGGCUGUUCGACGCGCUCCUGGCUCGGGAGCAGGUUUUCAGCGUCUACGUGUUCGCGCAGAUCGUGCUGAACCGCCGCGCCGAGCUCUUCGACACCCCCGACACGGAGCCCGAGAUGCUGCACUCCAUCCUCUCCAAGCUGCCCCAACCGCUCGACCUCGACGCCCUCAUCACCGACGCCGCCUCCCUCUUCCACAGACACCCGCCCGAGGCACUGCGGUCGUGGCGCGGCAUCUCCAGCGCCAGCGUCAUGAAGACGGCCCGCGACGUCAAGGUCUGCGCGGCGCAGACGCUCGACGACGGGCAUCGCUUCUUCGAGAGGCAGCUCCGCGAGCUGCAGUGGGCCGAGAAGAGGGAGUGGAUGCUCAAGACGGCCUGGGCCUACCGCAGGCCGGCGAGGGGCGUCGCGCUCGCCGUCCUGGUCGGCAUCGCCGCCGUAUACUUGCGCAAGUCCCCGACAGCUUGGGCAUACCUCGCCGCUGUGUGGUCGAGGCUAGGCUGA